AUUUAAUUAUGAAUUAUUCUGCCACAGCGUAGAAGAAUUUCCCUUAGAUCCCGAAGAACACUCCACUUCAGAAACAUGCCAAAGAGCAACACAAUCCCGAUCGCCAAACAGCUGGCCUCUAUUAAAGCACUGGGGAAAGGCUCGGAGCUGGAGAAAUCUGUAGCCACCAUGGUGCUUGUAUAUAAUUCAUACGCAGACAGCGAUGGGAAAAUAAGCAAGGCUUGUGCUAAGGACUUGCUGCACACACAGUUCCAGAACUUCAUACAGGGUCAAGAUGCUAAACCUAAAUACAAAGAACUGAUGGAAGACUUGGAAAAAGACAGUCAGGAACUUAUGAACUUUGAAGACUUCAUGGUGUUGCUGUUGAGUGUGUCACUAAUAUCUGACCUCUUCCUGGAAAUUAGACAAACUAAGAACACCAAAUAA